ACAGUCUAUCCAAAUUUGCGCGGGUUAAAUGCAAUUAUUGUCGGCUGUCAUUUUCUUCCCGGUUCCAGAUUACAAUAACAUAAACAAAAAGUGUUCUCACUUCUUUCAAAUAUUCAGGUAACUUCGUAUCGCUUGGAUAACCCGGAAUAAUGUCCAAGCGAGAGGUGUUUUUAGAGGCUACCUCUAAGGAAAAGGUGGAGGACUUUCUUCGCUUUAUUCAGCUUCAUAAGGACAAAACUGAGCCCUUCGAUGUUGAAGAGGUGGUGCAGGAGAUGCCCAGAGAGCAGAGGGAGGCUCUCUGGAGUCAGCUGGACUCCCUCCUCCAGGAGAUUCUGAUGGAUUUACCUCCAGAUCGCUGGGAGGAGGACGCAAUGCAGCAGGAGUCGGCUCCGGAUCCUAAGCAUAUCAUGGCGGUGGUGGACGGUGUGACCCUGGUGGCUGCUGUGUCUCUAAAGGUUUUACAGGAUGGAGACACGUACAGCUCACUUUUAGAUAUCGCCCACAGACUUCAUGAUGUUUUGGUGUCCCUCCCCGUGUCCGAGGCGCAGCUGCAGCUCCACAUACAGACGCUGUUUGAAACCUGGUGGAAGAAGGAACUACUGGAGAGGGAAAAGUUUGGGCGCACCGCUUUCCUCAUCUCCCUCCAGAAGAGCUUCAUCUUAAAGAAACCGGCUGCUGAGAUCCAAAGAGUGUGGAGUCUUCACAACGUUCUUAAGAGUCUGGAGUACACAUCAGAAAACAACAAGCAGAUAAUCGACUUGCUGCUUCAGUGCUUUCACCAUCCUACUCACAUUAGAAACGAUGAUGGAAAGCGAUUCCUGGUGUUCCUUUUCAGCUGGAACGUUGAUUUUAUCUGGCUUAUCCACAGCACCAUUAAAAACCAGCUGGAGUUUUAUCACAAGAACCUAGCUACUCAUAUCGCGGAGAUCUACUUCAGAGCCUGGAAGAAGGCUAGCGGCGACUUCCUGGAGACGAUUGAGAGUACAUGCAUUCAGGAUUUCAUGCAGAAUGCCAUUUUGCUUCAAAGAACAGCACCGGUUCACAGCAAAGUUAGACAGAUCGUGAGCUAUAUUCACUCGAGGAAAGGAUGCCCCAGUGUGGACAAGAUGCUAUACAACCUCUACAAGCCGAUUCUCUGGAAGUCUCUCAGUGUUCCUAACUUCGAGGUGCGAGCAAACGCCACUUUGCUUUUCACCGAGGCCUUCCCAGUCCAUGACCCGGAUCUAAGCAACGAAAAUGUGGACAUGAACAUUCAAAAGCAGCUGGACUCGGCAAUGGCGCUCCUACAUGACCCUCACCCCACUGUGCGCUCCAGUGCCACGCUGGGGGUAUGUAAGAUCCUGGCAAAAUGCUGGGAGCUUCUUCCUCCAACGAUCAUCACAGAUUUCCUGAAGAAGCUGGUAAUGGAGCUGGCCACUGACAGCAGCUCUCCUGAUGUCCGCUGCUCAGUCUUUAAGUGCCUGAAUAUUGUCCUGGACAACCCACAGAGCCAUCCACUGAUGGAAAAGCUGCUGCCCACUGUCAAGUACAGUCUCCACGACAACUCUGAGAAAGUUCGCACGUCGUUUCUCGACCUGCUCAUCAAGGUUAAAGCAGUUCGUGCAGCCAAGUUCUGGGAUGUCUGCAGCAUGGACCACCUGCUGGCCCGCCUCGCCAUCGACUCGCUUUCUGUCUCCAAGCGAAUCGUGGACCUGCUCUUCAAGUCCUUCUUUCCCGUCAACGAGCCGGAGAAGGAGUGGUGCUGCAGGUGCAUCACCCUCAUCCAGAUGAACCCCAUGGCUGCCAGGAAGUUCUACCAGUUUGCUCACAAACACACAGCUGCCACUAACAUCAUAAAACUGAUUCUGGUUAUUCGUCGCACUCUGAACAACUGCAUCCAGGUCGACUUUGACUUGACGGAGAUUAGCGACAACAACAAGGAGAACAGUACACAGGGCGGACCGCUGGUGUUGGGACAGGAUUUGUCCGUUGUGUCCAGUUUGCUGGAAGUAGUGGUCAUCCUGUGGAGAAGUGUUGAGAAAGCGCUGAAGCAAAACGAAGAGGCGCACAAGUACACAGUUGCCAAGUUUGGAAAUGUCAUGGCCAAGUAUUUCCAGGCUUUUAAGGAUGAGAGCUGCACUGUACCUCUAAUCCAGCUGGCCUCUUUUAUGCCUCCAGCUGCAGCUCCAACAUUUAGCUGUGGCGUGCUGUCCAGACUGAAGAGGAUGGAGUCAGGAUCUGCUCCAGCUCAGUUUAGCCAGCUGCUGGACUGCAUCUGCCGAUGGGGUCAGGUGGCCGACGUCCUUGAACUGGUCUCUGAUUGGCUGGGCGAGGCCGUUCCCAAGCAAGGGGACAAGGUCACUAAAAGCAGAAAGGUGCGAAUCCAGGAGACAGUGGAGACCAAACCAGACCUGGCUCUGGCGUUUCUGGAAUAUCUUUUCAGCCACACUUCCACACGGGAGAAAGUCCUAGCUCUGGGUGAGGGGCCCCUGAAGGAGCUGCACAUGCUUUUAGGGAACUGGAAGUCGGUUCUCUACACUCACCUCAGAUCCUCCACAGAAGACCCAAAAAGACCCCAAGUGGAGACGGCGCUGAAAGCCUUCAUUUAUCACGGUCGCCUCGGAGCUCAUCUCCAACAUCACUCGACAGCAGGUCGGGACUACCUGGUCUCCAUGGAGCGUGUGGCGGCGUGGGUCGCGGAGAGGGUCCUGCCCUUCCUCACCAGGAGCGAGGACGGCGAGGUCUCGGAGAAGUCGCGGAAGCUCGCCACACAGAUAACCGAGAGUUUCCUGAAGGUGUGCCGUGACAUUUUCCUCGUCGGUUUGGGGGACAAGAUGUUCAAAGGCCAAAUCCUCCACCUGUGCUCACUCAUCCUCCUCUCAGAGGCAGGCUACACGUGUAUCCCAGCAGUGCUGCCGAUUCUAAAGGAGGUGGCAAACAGCGUUGUACCUGAUGAUAACAACCAGGAUCAGGAGUCCAACUUGGUCAUUUUGGGUGUGGUGGCCAACAUUUUCCAAAAGAUCAUAGAGUUGUUGGCACGUUGCUUGAGGAAAGAACCGGAAGAGGGACAACUUCUGUGUCAGUCAGCCGUUCCUGGCCUGACGGACUUCCUCCAGGUGGCACAGACGUGGGACGCGGCGCUUCUUAGCGGGGUGCAGUCCACCGUGUUUGCGGCCAUCAUUGUGGAGAAGAAGCAUUUGCUUCAGAAGCUUACCCAUCCUGAAGAGGUUGUCAUCCCACAGUCUGUUGAUGAAAUGCCUCCUUUGUCCAGCUUACUGCUGUCUGUCAUCCUCAAAUCCCCCUCUAUCACAAGGUCAUUUUUGGCAGAGGUCUCGUCAUCUUUGGAGUCGGACGCCCUUGACAGUCUCUCUGAGCUGGCGGCAGUGCUGCACGUCUUGGUGGUCAUUAAAUACACGGGGCACUCCAAAGGCGGCAUAAAGAGAGCUGCUGUGUCGGUCCAGCAGCAUCUUCAUAAACAUGCAGGCUGUUCUGUGGACAGCAGAGAAACCCAGAGGGUUAUGUAUGACUCUUCAGUGAAGACCUUGAAUGCUCUUCUGCAUUUCUAAUCUUCCACAAAUUAAAAAUGAUGAAAUUG